AUGCCUCGUGGACCCCGUAAGCACCUUAAGCGCAUGAGCGCGCCCAAGCACUGGAUGCUGGGUAAAUUGGACGGCAUCUGGGCGCCGCGUCCAUCGUCAGGUCCGCACAAGUUGCGGGAGUGUUUGCCACUUAUCAUCAUUCUGCGUAACCGUCUGAAAUACGCCCUCACCAAGCAGGAAGUCACUAUGAUUUGUAUGCAGAAGAGCGUCAAAGUGGAUGGUAAAGUUCGUGUGGACCAGGACUUCCCAGCUGGCUUUAUGGACGUGGUCGAGCUGCCCAAGACGGGCGACCAGUUCCGUCUGAUGUAUGACACGAAGGGCCGUUUCGUGCUACACCGUAUCUCUGAUGAGGAGAAAAAGUUCAAGCUUGCCAAGGUCAUUCGUCAAGAGUACACCAAGAAGGCUAUUCCAUACAUUGCUACCAAUGAUGGCCGCACGAUCCGUUACCCGGAUCCGGUCAUUAAGGUCGGUGACACGGUCAAGAUUGACUUAGAGACGGGCAAGGUCGUGGACCACAUUAAGUUUGAGGUCGGCAACCUGGUGACUAUCACUCGUGGACGAAACACUGGCCGUGUUGGCAUUCUGCACCACAUUGAGAGACACCAGGGUUCGUUCAACAUUGCCCACGUAAAGGACUCGGCUGGUAACGACUUCGCCACCCGCCUCGGCAACGUGUUUGCUGUUGGUAAGGAGGCCCGCCCGUGGGUGUCUUUGCCUAAGGGCAAGGGCGUCAAGCUCAACAUCCUGGAGGAGCGCCAGCUUAAGGAAAAGAAGGCCAACAUUUAG